AUGCUCCCUGAUGCCAUGCAGCAGGUGCUGGGCCAGGCCACGCUGUAUGUACAGGAUGCAUGGUAUGCUCUGUGGCAGUGCCUAUCGCAUGCGUCUGGCUCGUCCGUUGUGCAUGUGAAUGGCACAGCGUACGAGAUUGUGCGUCUGCUCGGCGAGGGUGGAUUCAGUAUGGUGUAUUUGGUGCGCGAUGCACGCACGCAUGAGCUGUACGCACUUAAAAAGAUACGGUGCCAGCAUGGCCCCGAGUCGGUACGCGAGGCGCUCGCGGAGAUCGAGGCGAUGCGCCGCUUCCGCGGGCCGCACACGCUCCCGCUUGUCGAUGCUGCGGUCGUGCAGGACGAUGGUCGUGGUGCGUCGCUGAUACUGGGGCAGGUGCCUGCGCACGACGAGGAGAGCCUGCGGACGAGCAAGCUCGUGUACCUGGUGCUGCCGUACAUGCCGCGUGGCCACCUGCAAGACGAGAUCCACGCGCAUGCCGUGCGCGGCACGCGCUUCGACGAGGCGCGCAUGCUGCGCCUGUUCCUGGGUGCAUGUGAGGGUGUGCGUGCCUUGCACAGAUACACGCUGCCGCACGUCUCUGUUGAGGCGCCGGACGUGACCCGCGACGAUACGGCGCUCUUGUUCGACGCCGAGGCGUACCCGAUGGCUGCGCCGAUGCAGGCGCGCAGCACGGACGGGCCCGGGGAGGUGGUGCCGUAUGCACACCGCGAUAUCAAGCCUGCGUACUCGGUGCUGCUCAUGGACUUUGGGAGCACGAUUCGCGCGCGUGUGCCGAUCCGUACGCGCCGCGAUGCCGUCGCCGCGCAGGACGUCGCGGCGGAGCGCUCUAGCAUGCCGUACCGCGCGCCCGAGCUGUUCGAUGUGCAGACAGACACGGAGCUCACGGAGCAGGUCGAUAUCUGGUCGCUGGGCUGCACGCUGUAUGCGAUGGCGUACCUGCACUCGCCGUUCGAGACGCCGUCCACGACCGAGCAGGGCGGCUCGCUGGCGCUGGCCAUUUCGAAUGGCGCGUACAGCUGGCCGGCCGACGAUCCAUACUCGGACGCGGUCCGCACACUCAUUUCGCAGUGCCUUGCGCGCGAUCCGGCGGCGCGCCCGAGCAUUGACGAGCUAAUAAUGCGCGUAAAAGCUGCAAUGUCUACAUAG